ACCUCUAAAAAAAAAAAAAAAAAAAAAAAAAAAAAAAAGGAAGAAAGAAACACUGCUCGGAUUCAUAAAUAUAAAAAGAUCCUCCGAGGAGGGCUGUGUUUUUUUGUGUGUGAUGGCAACUUCACUUCUAGGGGAGGAGCCGAGGUUGGGAUCGACUCCUUUAGCCAUGUUAGCCGCAACAUGCAACAAAAUCGGGAGUCCGAGCCCUUCGCCGUCCACCAUUUCGGAUAAUUCCUCCUCGUUCGGGAAAGGCUUCCACCCGUGGAAGCGAGCCGCCGCCGCCGCCGCCGCCGCGGCCGCCGGCGCCGGCAGCUGCAGCCUGGGCUCCGGCCUCUCCGGCUUCGGGGUGUCCCGCAACGGCUCGGCCAUCUCGGACUCGUUCAGCUCCAACGGCUCCACGGGCUCCAGCGCCUUCUCCCUGACGUCCGGCGCCUCGCCCGGAUCCCACUUUGGCAACGACUACUCGGUGUUCCAAGCGUCCGUGUCCAACGGCUCCCAAGAGUCGAGCCACCAGCCGGUGUUCAUCUCCAAGGUGCACACGUCCGUGGACGGUCUGCAGGGCAUCUACCCGAGGAUGAGCGUGGCGCACCCGUACGAGUCCUGGUUCAAGUCGUCCCACCCCGGCAUCCCCGCGGGAGAGGUGGGCACCGCGGGGGCAUCGGCCUGGUGGGACGUGGGACCCGGCUGGAUUGACGUCCAGAACCCCAACGGAGCGGCACUGCAGACGUCGUUACAUUCCGGCGGACUGCAGACGUCCUUGCACUCCCCCCUGGGCGGAUAUAAUUCUGAAUAUUCCAAUUUGAGCCACUCUGCCUUCAGUACAAACCCCUCUCCGCACCUGUUGACCACCGGCCAGCACCUGAUGGACGGCUUCAAACCGGUGCUCUCCUCUUAUCCGGACACCAGCCCGUCUCCGUUAACCGGCGCGGCGGGUACGAUGCUCUCCGGGGCUCCCCCGGCCUCCUUAGCGGCGUCCCCGCGCUCGUCCGCGCGGCGCUACUCGGGCAGGGCCACCUGCGACUGUCCCAACUGUCAGGAGGCAGAGAGACUGGGACCCGGUGGCGCCAGCCUGCGGAGGAAGGGCCUCCACAGUUGUCACAUCCCCGGCUGCGGGAAGGUUUACGGGAAAACGUCUCACCUCAAGGCGCACUUGCGGUGGCACACCGGCGAGCGGCCGUUCGUGUGCAACUGGCUCUUUUGCGGCAAGAGGUUCACGCGCUCCGACGAGCUCCAGCGGCACUUACGCACGCACACCGGGGAGAAGAGGUUCGCCUGCCCGGUGUGCAACAAGAGGUUUAUGCGAAGCGACCACCUGAGCAAGCACGUCAAGACUCACAGCGCCGGAGGGUCGGCGGGCUCGGGCUCCGGGGGGAGCGGGGGCAAGCGGGGGAGCGAUACCGACAGCGAGCACAGCGCACCGGGGAGCCCCCCGUGCCACUCCCCGGACCUGUUGCACCCGGCCGAGGCCAGGCAGGGCGUGCUGGGCAUGAACGGUCUCUAACUCCGUUCCAAGUGUGUGCGAACCACGAGAAAAUGUUGGGGACCUUCUGUGAGGACAUGGCACCGGUGGACAUUAUUGCACUUCGUGCGCAAUGUCAAAUCGCGAAAGUUACACGUUUCUCAAUAAGGACACAGUGCACGAGUGGGUGCACAAUGUUCCGUCUGUCAAAGAAGCCUUGAGAACUUUCUGUGGCGUGAGGAGUACACUACUUUGCUCGAUGUUGCAUUUAAAGGCCAGCGCAUUUCUUAAAUUACAUCCUACACUUUGGUACACAACGUGCAACGUCAUAACUGCCCCGAGAUGGGCGUGCCGGGGAAUACACUUUGGUGUAUGCACAUCGUAUGUCGUUCGUUAAGAAAGGGAGCCCAUGCAAUUUGUGCAUUUUUCACAUUUGUUUUUGGGGGGGGGGGGGGGGGGGGUAACGACUAGACAGUGGACAACAUUUAGUGUAUGCACAAAACUCCUAACUCUAAUUUAUGGAGAAAAUGGGCCGAUACAUUUUUAUGUACGGGCAUUAACGUGUAUAUACUUAAGUAUAUGCGCAAUACGUCACGUCAUUUAUGAAGAAAAUAAACCUACACAUUUUUUUCUGUAUGAAAACGACAGUGUGUAUAUACGUUGGUGUAUAGCACAUUUUUCUUUUCAGUAUAGGCACAUUAAUGUGUAUACCUAUUCGCAACGAUUCAGGCCGUUUAUUGAGAAAAGAGGCCCCAACAUUUUUGGGCGCAGUGGAUAUCUUACGCACAAUAAUCCAUCAUCAUUGACUGAGAAAUGAGGCCUGCACACUUAUAUUUAAGUACAUUUGGUGUACGACGCUCCAUAUCAUUUGUGAGGGGAAAUUUAGGCCUAAGGAGGUGACAGUGAACAUACAGUGUGCUCCACCAUGAGUGUCAUUUAUUGAGAAAAUAGGCUAUAAACUUUUUUUUUUUUUUUUUUUUUUUUUUUUGAUUGACAUGUUGCUGUUCCAAUUGACAUUUUCCCGUGUAAAAGUGCUGGGGGAGAAAAAAAAAAAAAAAGAAAAAAAAAAAGUUUGGUUCAUGCCUUAUUGUGCAUUUUUGCAGGGGCUGCAAAAAAAAAAAAAAAAAAAAAAAAAAAGAAAAAGAAAAAGUGUGCUGUGGUACAUUUUGUUCACGGGCAAACUCUGGCACUUUAUAUUACCGACAAGGAGAGAUGAACAUAUAGUUCGGUGUGGAAGAAAUAGAGUAUAAUUAUGGGCUGGUUUUGUUAUAUCUGACCACCGCCCACACACACUUUGUGUCCAGUCCACAUGUGCGCCAAGGCAGGUUUGCAGUUGAGGAGGUCCCUUAUUGGACUGCAAAAUGUGCUGUAAAUAUUGAACCAUGUAGGUUAGAAUAUACGCCCAUGUCAAAGGUGAGUAAUGUAUUUGUCCAGGAGACGAUUUUGUAUAGCGAUUUCUAGUUGUAUAUGGACUCUAGUAAAUAUUUGAAAAUAUACGGAUAUGUACUUUUUUUUUUCAUUUUUGACAUGAUAUGAAAUGUAUUGUGGGGAGUUCUAUUUAACCACGAUUUUUCUUGUAUUUAGGGGUCUAUCAUUAGGCGCACUUUUGAAUUUAUUUGUAAGCUUUGGAAAUGAGUUACUGUUUACCCACUUGUUUUUUAUUUUUUAUUUUAUUUAAGUAAGCAUGUUGUAAAGUGAUUUUAAUUUUACAAUGAUAUCCCUUUUCGUUUGUUGUUUUUUUUUCUCUCUCCUGAGAAUGGCUUUUUAUGUGAGCCAUGCACUCAAUAAAGUGAGUAAGGACUCAGAA